CUCCCCAGGCUGAUGCUGGCCAUCACUGAUGUGUCCUUCCGGCUGCCGGCUGCCUUGCUGUUCAGCUGCUGUGUGCCCUACUGCAGGCCUCUGCAAUGGUGCCACUUCUGCGCCCCCUCUUUCUCCUGGCCCUAGGCCUGGAUCUGGCUGGAACGCUCAACUCCAAUGAUCCCAAUGUCUGCACCUUUUGGGAAAGCUUUACCACCACCACCAAGGAGUCCCACUUGCGCCCCUUCAGCCUACUCCCAGCUGUGUCCUGUGACAGGCCCUGGGAGGACCCACACACCUGUCCUCAGCCCACGGUUGUCUACCGGACUGUGUACCGCCAGGUGGUGAAGAUGGGUUCCCGCCCACGCCUGCAGUGCUGUGGGGGUUACUACGAGAGCAGUGGGGCCUGUGUCCCACUCUGUGCCAAGGAGUGUGUCCAUGGUCGCUGUGUGGCUCCUAAUCAGUGCCAGUGUGCACCAGGUUGGCGGGGUGAUGAUUGCUCUAGUGAGUGUGCCCCAGGAGUGUGGGGACCACAGUGUGACAUCAUCUGCCAGUGCGGCAACAGCAGUUCCUGUGAUCCCAAGAGUGGGGCGUGUUUUUGUUCCUCUGGCCUGCAGCCCCCCAACUGUCUUCAGCCUUGCCCUCCUGGCCAUUAUGGCCCUGCCUGCCAGUUUGGUUGCCAGUGCCAUGGGGCAUCCUGUGACCCCCAGAAUGGAGCCUGCUUCUGCCCCCCAGGGAGAACAGGACCCAGCUGUAAGGUGCCCUGUUUACAGCGAACUGGUGGCUUCCUCUGCCCUCUAACCUCUCCUUGCCAAAAUGGAGGUGUUCCUCGGGACUUCCAGGGCUCCUGCAGCUGCCCACCGGGCUGGAUGGGUGUUAUCUGUUCCCUGCCCUGCCCAGAGGGUUACUACGGCCCCAACUGUACUCAGGAAUGUCGCUGCCACAAUGGUGGCCUCUGUGACCGGUUUACUGGGCAGUGUCAUUGUGCUCCGGGCUAUAUCGGGGAUCGGUGCAAUGAGGAGUGUCCCGUGGGCCGAUUCGGGCAAGACUGUGCCGAGACCUGCGACUGCGCCACUGGAACUCGUUGCUUUCCUGCCAAUGGCGCGUGUCUGUGUGAGCAUGGCUUCACAGGCGACCGGUGUGCCGAGCGCCUCUGUCCAGAUGGCCGCUAUGGCCUCAGCUGCCAGGAGCCUUGCAGCUGCGACCCAGAACACAGUAUCAGCUGCCACCCUAUGCAUGGCGAGUGCUCUUGCCAGCCAGGCUGGGCGGGCCUUCACUGCAAUGAGAGCUGCCCGCAGGACACCCACGGGCCAGGCUGCCAGGAGCACUGCCUCUGUCUGCAUGGUGGCGUCUGCCUUGCUGAUAGUGGCCUUUGCCAGUGCUCACCCGGCUACACGGGACCUCACUGCGCUAGCCUAUGUCCGCCCGACACAUACGGGAUCAACUGCUCUGCCCGUUGCUCCUGUGAAAAUGCCAUUGCCUGCUCUCCCAUUGAUGGCACAUGCAUCUGCAAGGAAGGGUGGCAGCGUGGUAACUGCUCUGUGCCCUGUCCCCCUGGCACCUGGGGCUUCGGUUGCAAUGCCAGCUGCCAGUGUGCCAAUGAGGGAGUCUGCAGCCCCCAAACUGGAGCCUGUACUUGUACCUCUGGGUGGCAUGGAGCUCACUGCCAGAAUCCCUGCCCAACGGGACAGUUUGGUGAAGGCUGUGCCAGUGUCUGUGACUGUGAGCACUCCGAUGGCUGUGACCCUGUUCACGGACGCUGCCGAUGUCAGGCUGGCUGGAUUGGCACGCGAUGCCACCUGCCUUGCCCAGAGGGGUUUUGGGGAGCCAACUGCAGCAACACCUGUACCUGCAAAAAUGGGGGUACUUGUGUACCCGAGAAUGGCAACUGUGUGUGUGCACCAGGGUUCCGAGGCCCCUCCUGCCAGAGGCCCUGCCCGCCUGGUCGCUAUGGCAAACGCUGUGUGCUGUGCAAGUGCAACAACCAUUCGUCCUGCCACCCAUCGGAUGGGACCUGCUACUGUCUGGCAGGCUGGAUGGGCCCCAACUGCUCUGAAUCAUGUCCCCCAGGCCACUGGGGACUCGAAUGCUCCCAACCCUGUCAGUGUCAUCAUGGCGGAACCUGCCACCCUCACGAUGGGAGCUGUGCCUGUGCUCCGGGCUGGACUGGACCCUACUGCUUGGAAGGCUGCCCACCAGGAGUGUUUGGUGUCAACUGCUCCCGGCUAUGCCAGUGUGGCCCUGGAGAGAGGUGCCUCCCAGAGACUGGGGCCUGUGCCUGUCCCCCGGGACACAGUGGUGCACCCUGCAGAAUGGGAAGCCAGGAGUCCUUCACCAUCAUGCCCACCACUCCUAUGACCCAUAACCCACUGGGUGCGGUGAUUGGCAUUGCAGUGCUGGGGACCCUUGUGGUGGCCCUGGUGGCACUGUUCAUUGGCUACCGCCACUGGCAAAAAGGCAAGGAACACGAGCACUUGGCCGUGGCGUACAGCACUGGGCGGCUGGACGGCUCUGAUUAUGUCAUGCCAGAUGUCUCUCCGAGCUACAGUCACUACUAUUCGAACCCUAGCUAUCACACACUGUCUCAGUGUUCUCCUAACCCCCCACCUCCUAACAAGGUUCAGGGCAGCCAGCUCUUUGCCAGUUCUCAGGCGCCCGAGCAGCCAGGCAGAGCCCAUGGCCAUGAUAGCCAUGUCACUCUGCCUGCCGACUGGAAGCAUCGAAGAGAGUCCCGAGAGUCCCACGACAGAGGCACCGGCCACCUGGACCGAAGCUAUAGCUAUAGCUAUAGUCACAGGAACGGCCCGGGACCAUUCUGCCAUAAAGGUAAGAUCUCUGAAGAGGGGUUACGGGCAAGUGUUAUGUCCCUGAACAGUGAGAAUCCCUAUGCUACCAUCCGGGACCUUCCAGGUCUGCCUGGGGAACCCCGAGAAAGCAGCUACGUGGAGAUGAAGGGCCCUCCAUCAGUGUCUCCUCCCAGACAGCCUCUUCAACUCCGGGACAACCAGCAGCGGCAACUGCAGCCGCAGAGGGACAGUGGCACCUAUGAGCAGCCCACCCCCUUGAGCCAUAAUCAGGAGUCUGUAGGCUCCGUGCCCCCUCUUCCUCCGGGCCUGCCUCCCGGCCACUACGACUCACCCAAGAACAGCCAUAUCCCUGGGCACUAUGACUUGCCUCCAGUACGGCACCCUCCAUCACCUCCACCUCGCCGCCAGGACCGCUGAGGAGCCAGCAUGGUAUGGGAUAGUGCCUGCAUACCCUGCCAGGAGCAGGGACCGGAGCCGCAGGCCACAGGCAUUUGAUGAAGUGAACAGAGAGACUGCUGCCAGUGCUCGGCUGCCACUGAGGGAGACACUAGAUGGCAAAGCGUCUGACUCCCUUUCUCCAACGCACUGUUUCUCAAGGCCCCUGGGCCCUAUGGACACAAGUUGGUGGGCAGAAUGUUGUUG